CUUGCUGUGGUCAAAAUGGCAUCUGGAAGCUCACAAAAGCUGGAGGAGAAGCUAUCAUGCUGUAUUUGUUUAGACAUGUUUACCAUCCCUGUGACUACACCUUGUGGGCACAGUUUCUGUGAGAAGUGCAUCAAUAGCCACUGGGACAAAGAAGAACAAGGAGCCACUGGACAGAAGGUCUGCUCUUGCCCCGAAUGCCGGAAAACAUUCCCGGAGAGGCCAGAACUCAGCAAGUCAGUUCAGUUGGACAGCCUGGUAGAGCUUCUCAGGCAAGGGGAAGUGCAGAUACCUGGAGCACAGCUGGCCGCCACGGUUCAAAGAAGGGAAUGCCCAAGGCACGGCCGGCCCUUGGAGCUCUACUGUAAGACUGAGAAGCGUAGCAUCUGCUGUGAAUGCACCGUGAAGGAGUGCCUGAACCACAGCAGAGUCCUCUUUGAAGAUGAGCGGAAGAUGAAGGAAGAAUCUGUAAAAGAAACACUGGAGAAAACCCAAAAGGAUGUGAAAAGGAUUGCAGAAGAAAUCCAGAAACUGGAGCAGCAGAUUGCCGCCACUAAGGAUUCUUCACAGAAAUUCAAAUCAGGGGUUUUGCAAAAGUUUGCCCAUAUUAUGGAAACCCUGAAAGAAUGCCAAAGGAAAGCAGUAGAGAGAAUUGAAAAUGAGCAGUCUGUUGCACUUGGCCAGAUGGGAGAGAAUUGGAAUCGGCUGCAUCACCAGCUGGAGGUUCUUACCCAACAAAAUAGGAAAGCUGAAGGGCUCCUCACCUGUACUGAUAAUAUCAAGUUUUUUGAGGAACUGCCACUGCUUCUUCCUCCUGGCAACUCAGAAAUUCCUCCACAUCUUGAAUUUGAUUUGGCCACCAGUAUGGUCACCAUCACUCAAUUCCUCAAUGAAGUCUCCAGCCUUUUGCAAGGGGCUCUGACAGAUUCCUUUAUUCCACCACUGGCUGACACAAAAAGUACAGUCUCACUGGAGCCAAAGGUAAUUGGGAAGAGAGUUGGGCCACAUCUUCCAGAGAAUGAGUUAAGAAUGCGUCUUUUGAAAGAUCAGCAGAACCUGACCUUUGAUCCAAGCACAGCAAACAAAUACCUACAGAUGUCUCAUCUCAACCGGAAGGCCACCCAUCCUCAAGGUUUUCAUAGCAAAAGGCCAAAUGAACCACAGAGGUUUGAGCCCUGGCAGGUCAUGUGUGUCCAGAAAUUCAGCCAGGGCAGUAACUACUGGGAAGCCAGGUUAUCUGCCCAUUCUGCCAUAGUUGGGGUAGCUUAUGAAAGAAUCACAAGGAAGAAACGUGCAGGACGCAAUUUCACCAUUGGGCUGGAUCAGCUCUCCUGGGGCCUGCACAUCCAAGAAGACUGCUACGUGGCUUGGCACAAUGGCAAAUCCAUUAAGAUCAAAGAGCCCUUGUGCAAAUUCAUUGGAGUCUUCUUGAACUACGACCAUGGAGUCCUGUCCUUUUAUGGCAUAGAUGACAAUAUGAAGCACCUUCAUUCAUUCGACACCAUCUUUACAGAGCCUCUUGUCCCCAUUUUUUGGCUUUGUGAAGGCACGGCUGUCACCCUUUGCCAAAAGACAGAAGGUCAAGGGGCAACCGAUGGGACGUCUAUUGAUUUACAAAUGGCUGCUGCUGCCGCCACCACAAUGGAGAGUCAAGGGGAUAUGCAGGUUGCUCCAAAACAGUGAGUCUCUUGAGUUCUCAAGAUGCUCAAGUUUAUAGUGAGCUGUGUGUUUUUCCCCUUUGUAAGCUCAUCCCUACAGAAAUACAAAUCUAUCCUUGCCCCUCGCAACUACAUUUGCAGCUAAUGCACAAGGUGAUUAAUUCUUCAAGGAUACUAAUUAGGUACCCAGGCACGGAGCUUUACCUAUCCUAGCCAGCGUGGUGUAGUGAUUUGAGCAUUGGACUACCACUCUGAAGAGCAGGGUUUGAAUCCCCACUUGGCCAUGAAAACCCACUGGGUGACAUAGGACAAGUCACAAUCACACAGCCUCAGAGGAUGAUAAACCUUUUCUGAGGAAAUGCAAGAAAACCCUUUGAUAGAUUCACCUUAGGUUUCCCAUGACUCAGAAAUGACUUGAAGGCAAACAACGCAUGUACACAACUAUCUACUUCUUGGUGUAACAGCCUGGAGCAAAGUGCAGCAUUCUGAAAUUCUCAUCUCAUACUGUAUUUAGAAACUAAGCAGGAAGUGAAAGUGGAUCAGGAAAGUAAUGAAAUAACUUUUGUAGUAGAGAUCUGAAGCACAAACAAAUUGACAGAAAGCACUUGGCACAAUAGUGGCUGACAAUUUAAGGUGAGUUCAAAUUCUCAGGGUAGCUUUAUCCUGAAACCAAAAUUGCUCUGUAACGUCCCAUUCAGAAAACUGGAUAGCAACACUCCUUGGUUUGCAUACUGCAGAAGGAUACCCAUGUUGUGUCAAACUUUUUUAAAAAGAGAGUUAACUUUGACUUUUCUGUACUGUGGCAUUUUACAGCUGGCAUUACAAAUUCUAUUUUAUAUAUAUAUUUUCUUAUCAGAGAAUGUGAACCUGGAACUAAACCUGCCAAGCUCAUUGCCAUUUGUUUUCCUGUGUAGUUUUAAAGUUAGCUUUCUAAUUAAAGUUAUUUCUUUUA